GCGGCGGGUUCAAACCGCGCUCGAGCCGGGCCGCGGGAGCCGCGUCCUCUUCCUCCUCCACCUGCCCCGGCCCGGCUUCCUCCUCCCCGGCCCCGCGACAGAGAGAGUGCCUCCGGGAAGCACUGCCGCUGCGCCUGUGUGAUGAUGAAGGACAUGGCAUCCUCAAGCCUGGAAGAUUUAUGCCUCCACUUCAAUGAGAAGAUUUCAUAUAUUAAAAAGUGUAUCCUGUUGAGAAACAUAGGUAAAGAUGAAUGCUACAAGCCUGUUCUCCAUAAAAUACAGAAUGAGGUGAUCCUUCUAUAUGAACUCCUGAAUGAAAUGGAAGCCGAAGUUAAACAGCAAGCAAAACUGAAAGAUUUGCUAAAAGAGAUCAAGAAGGCUGCAGAGAGAGAGCAGAAAGAAGCCCAGCACCUCCUUGAACACAUUCCACCCUACCUGCCUAAACCAACCCAGAGCUGCAUCACGGUGCCAACUGUGAAACAGGAAGGACAAACGAAGGCUGUAGAACCCAAGCCUGCAAAGAAAGCUGUAAAAGAGACAAAAGUCAUUAAAGAAGCAGCGUUAAUAACCACAGAGGAGUUUGAAAGUAUUCCUGCGUAUAUGAAAGGCCGUAUAACGUAUGAUCAGAUUAAUGCAGUUGUUCAGCAGUUGAACAAGGCCGUGGUGGGCAAGUACAAGAUCAUGUAUCAGCCUUUGAGGUCCAUGAGUGCACCAGUCAGAAAUCUCUACCACAGGUUCAUGGAAGAAGAAACUAACGAUACAAAAGGAGUAUUUUUUAUUGUGGAGGCUGAUAUCAAGGAGUUCACUGGGCUGAAGUUGGAUAAGCGCUUCCACAGCAUCCUCAACAUCCUGAGGCACUGCCACAGAGUGAGAGAGGUCCGUGGCUCGGGGCUCAUCCGCUACGUCAUCUGCUAACGAGCUCCCCAUGCCUGCCUGCCCACGAGGGAGACCUGCCACCUGUGCUCUUGUCUCCAGACAGCAGCAGUGGGGGACAGGGAGCGCUUCUCACGCAUCUACCCUAAAUUAGGAGCGGCAUUUAAGUAUUUGAGUUCUGUUUUGCAAAAUUGAGGGGAACUACAAACCCAAACCAGAAAGAUGGCUGGGUACAGGUGAUUAAUCACAUUUUCUGGUCAGCACAUGAAAGCAAAGCAUGUCAUUGUGCACCUUUGGUCCUUCUGUGUUUCUGAGUGUUGGAGGUUGGGAUUUUUUCCUUUUUUUUUGUCUUGCUCUCAGAGAAUUUUUCUCCCAUUUGUUGCCUAAGAGAUGGGAACGCUGGAUACUUAAGAGACAGAAGAUAUGUGUCUUAGUUUGAAAGACAGGUAUCUGCUAGGAAGGGGGCAGGACCUCCCUAGAGAUGGAGAAUUCAAAUCCCCUCCCUCCAAAUUAUUCUAAUUCAGAAAAUUAAAGGGGCUUUCAGGCAGAGGUAUAGGGAUAGGAAUAACAGUUCUUUACUAGUAUAUAUGACACAACAAACAACCAACAACUACGGCAUUAAUAAUAAACAGAACCAGGAACCUUAAGGGCUUUCUUUCACAAAGCCCGGGGCAGUUUGAUCUUGGUGCCCCUGUGGGACUCCGAGAGGCCGAGAUGGAAGGGAGGAAAGUCCCGGGCUGGUGGAUGAGAUGAGGAGCUCUGCGCUGGUAGCUGGAAGGGCAGGGGUGUCCCGGCAGGGCUGGGCAGUGCAGGGCUACAGAGUAGAGGAAAACCUCAAAGCUCCCGAGAAGCAGCGGCGGUGGGGGGAGGCUGGAGAAAGCGAGCUCAGGGUCCCUGGGUACACGAGCAGAUGACGGUAGAUUUCCCAGGAGGAAACAGAGGCAGAGUGAUGGCCGUGAACUCUUCCUGCAGCAAGGGGCAGCCCGACCGUCCUCCCGGAUGCUGAGAGCAAGAGUGAGACCCCCCUCCCCCAGCUCUGUCUUUUACCUUUCCCAAAGCUCGCGUUAUCUCCCCUCUCUGAGGGAAACUCCCAGAGACUCAAAAACAAUAGGUGUAGCCUUGUGCUGCCCUGUCCUUCAACUACUCCCUUUUGUUCUGAUUAAGUACUGUCAUUAAGGUUUCUUAGAAACUUAUGGGAAAAAAUUCUGUAAGUGAAAAAAGAGGCAAAUCUAACCCCCAACAAUGUGGCAGGGGAGGGGGGGAUUGUGGAGGGGAGGAAACUGGGUGCAAUUUUCUACAUCCCUUAGCUGGGGGGAUUUCUCUUAGGAAAUGCAGAGAUACCACGAGCCUGGGCUGGAGGUCAGGGGCUGGGUUUGGCCCUCAAGUGCUCUUGGGAUCAGAGGGGAGGCAGGUGGAGUUUUGGGGCCAGGCUGAGAAUUUACUGCAACUGCAGAGUUCUGUCCUGCACUGCUUCUCCUUACGAUGCAUGAGCCUCUGCUUGUAAGAGCGGCCAUUGAACUGGGACCUUUCCAACACCGGACCUCCCCAUCUGCUCUGGUGCCUCAGGGGAAACCCAGGACCCCAAGCCGCUCUGGAGGGAGAGGGAGAGUAAGCAGUGGGAGCCCACCCGACGCUGCCCAGCCCCGCUGUUCUCCCCACUUUUGGCUUUUUGCUGCACUUAAACCUGACCUGAUACCCCUGACCUGAUACCUGGGUGACUGCCCGGACCCCCACAGCUCCAGAGUCUCUGUUACACUUUGUUCACCAUCCGGCGUGUGCCCAUCUCUACUGUUGCAGCCACAAUCCGGGGUUCCUGCUGCAGCCCCAUCUGCUAUCACCACAAGAGGGAGGUGUGGCUGAGCGGCGCCACAGCGCCCCCUGCAGCCCUGGAGGAAUCAUUGCACCCCUGCCCGGCCGGGAGCCAGCAGCGCCCCUGCUGGCUGUGCCCGGAACUGCACCAGGGGAAAGUGCCUGACAGGCAGCACCAGGUCUGUGGUUCUGUUUGGUGUCACUGCUGUUUGUUUGCCUUGGUAGAUAUGUUCUAGUAAAGAGCUGUUCCUCCUUCCCCUACCUCUUUGCCUCAAAGCCCCAUAAUUUCAAAGAAGAAGGGGGGUCAUAUUUCCCAACUUCCUUGGCAGAUGCUGAUGCCUUAAGUUUUAGCUUUCAUAUUUGCCAGAUUCUGUACUGCAUUAGUAUGUAACUCUGAGCUUCAUAUAAAGUGUUAGCAAGUUCUCACAGUUUAGUUAGACAAAGCACUUCUUUCCAGCCCCAGAACCAAGGACACUGUUGCAGUUUCAAGCCCAAAAAGUAUAAACAACAGCAAACUGGGAGGAUGGGACUUCAUAACCUGAAGCUGUAAUUGGACAAUUAAUCCCAAUAUGUAAAUGGACUAAAACGUAUAAGAGUGUGAAAACUCAUGACCCAUCAUCCAUCUUGGGUGUAGCCUCAGCUGGGCUCUUGUACUGGCCAAGGUGUGUCCUUUGAAGGCCUUUUGAGGAAAUACCGACUUUAUUCCUUUAGUGCUGUCUAGCCUCUGUUCUAGACAGCCUCUCAAGGCAUCAACACCUGUCUUUUAAACCACUACAAUGAGUUGGAGGCUGUGUUUUAAGAUUCUGUAGCUACUCAAAGGAAUUAUCUGAUUCGGGUUUUUUUCUUUUCAAUGCCUUAAACCAAUUUCUAGAUUUCCUUUUCUUAAUCUUUCUUCUUAUACUAAUUGUACAUUUAGGAGUUUUCUACAUCAUUUGAACAGGAAGCUCUGGUGGUCCAAAGACUUCUAGACUGAUUGAUAAUUCUUUUGGUCCUGUGCUUUUGCAACUUCAUCAUGCAGCCAGAUUUUUACCUCAGAUACUCAGACUGGCCUGAAACAGUAGGGGUUUGAAAUGAAUAUAUUCACAUUCGUCAUGAAAAUUCAGGUCAGACUGGUCCUGUUUUUUAUUAUAAAAGUCUUUAUUACAGCUUUUGUUAUAGAAGGUUGCUUUCAAAUGACUUAUUAAGGUAAGUAAAGUAGUAGAUCUAUUGUGAUAAAUAUAAACUCUGCAAGUAACAAAAACCUUUUUGAUAAGGAAAACUGUGUUCUUUUUCUUUCAUGAGCCUAUAUCUGCUGUUAUCCUGAUAUUUCAUCUAAAAUGCCUCUUCUUGUACCCUGUCAGCAUUAACAUGACAUUAAUUGUGCAAAAUACCCAAAUGAUCUUUAAACUUUGUCAGCAAAGCAAUUCAGCUGAGUUUCUAGAUUUUCUUUCUCUGUGUGUGUAUGUGUUGUGUGUGUUUGUGGUGGUUGCCUUUCGAGGUUUUGUUUUUCGGUCUUUUUCUCUGGAAUGUUUGGAUCCAAGUUGCAGUCUCUACUCUGCAUUGUAUUGGAAUAUAUUUGAGGAUCCUAGAGAUUGUCCUUUGCUUCUGAUGCAUAUUAAAAAGCAAGACAUGAGAGUACACACCAUAAUCCUGGUUUUGCCUACUCACUGUAAGGUUUGGUCAGAUUUUUUCUCUUUAGAUGUCACUGAACUGGUUUUUUAUUUUUAUUUUCUUAAUAGUUUUUGGGGUAAGCUUGGUUGUGGCAUGAAUUUAUGGGGUUUUCCUCAUUUUUGUGUUUUGUUGUAGUGAUUGCAGGUUUUGCUUAAUUAGAUGGUGGUUAACAGCUUUUGGUCUGUUACUAUGGAGUUUUUAAUUUUCUAAACUAUUUUCCCUCGGGCAGAUUCUCACAAAUGUGUUCAUUAUUUUCAUUCCCUGUCCUAACAUUAUGUUUUCCCUCUCCCAAGGAACUCUGCCCAUGGAAUGUGGUCACCUACUGUGCCCCUCCACUUUUCUUCCUCCGAAAGCUCACGCUAGCCUGGGAGCUGGAAAAGAGCAAUUCCCUGGCAUCCCAGGGGCUCGGUGAGCACCUGUCUCCUGCCUGGCAUAAAUUUUUCAGGGACAAAACAUUUCCCUCCAGGAGCUGCCUCAAAAAAUGGCUAUUUUCUGCAGGAUGUGCACUGAUUUCUGCACCCUGCGUCACUCACCAGCAGACAGAGGCCACAGCCCUGGGUGCCAGCCCUGCCAGCUGGUUUAAUUUAAAAUCCCUCCAAAACAGCAGC